GCCGACAGUGUCGACAGUCAGGCACUCAGAGGGACUUGGCUCUCCUUUUGAAGACUGCUCAUCUGUUUUCCACUUCUCAGAGAACUAACAACCUUUACCACUGCAAAGAUGAGGAAGGCAUACUCAGUCACAAGCUCCGGUGGCAGCAUCAGGAGAUCCUUUGCACCAACUAGCAACUUCUCAAACAGAUCCUCUUUUAAUGUUGGUGGAGCUGGAGCUGGUUUCGGUAUGUCUUCAAUGAGUGGUAGUUAUGGCUUCGGUUCUAGCCAAGCAGGCAUUGCUCCACAGAUCACCGCCGUCCAAGUCAACCGGAGCCUGCUGGCUCCACUGAACCUGGAAAUUGACCCAUCCAUCCAGGCUGUCCGCACCCAGGAGAAGGAACAGAUCAAGACCCUCAACAACCGAUUCGCCUCCUUCAUCGACAAGGUUCGUUUCUUGGAGCAGCAGAACAAGAUGCUGGAGACCAAAUGGAGCCUCCUGCAGGACCAAACCACCACCCGCUCCAACAUCGACAGUAUGUUUGAGGCCUACAUUGCAAACCUGCGCAGACAGCUGGACGGGCUGGGCAACGAGAAGUCCAAGCUGGAAGGAGAGCUGAGGAAUAUGCAGGGCCUGGUUGAGGAGUUCAAGGGCAAGUAUGAAGAGGAAAUCAACAAACGUGCAGCUGCAGAGAACGAGUUUGUGCUCUUGAAGAAGGAUGUUGAUGCUGCCUACAUAAACAAGGUGGAGCUGGAGGCCAAAGCUGAUGGUCUUCAGGACGAGAUCAACUUCCUCAGGGCCGUCUAUGAGGCCGAGCUUCGGGAACUGCAGGGCCAGGUCAAGGAUACCUCUGUCGUCGUGGAGAUGGACAACAGCCGUAACCUGGACAUGGACUCCAUAGUGGCUGAAGUGCGUGCUCAGUAUGAGGACAUUGCCAACCGCAGCAAGGCUGAAGCAGAGACCUGGUACAAACAGAAGUUUGAGGAGAUAAAGAGCUCCGCUGGACAGUAUGGGGAAGACCUGCGCUCAACCAAGGCUGAGAUUUCUGAGAUCAACCGCAUGAUUUCCCGUCUUCAGAAUGAGAUUGAGGCCAUUAAGGGACAGAGGACCAAUCUAGAAGCUCAGAUCUUAGAGGCUGAGGGGCGUGGUGACCUGGCAGUGAAAGAUGCCAAGCAACGCAUCAAAGACUUGGAGAAUGCUCUGCAGAAAACUAAGCAGGACAUGGCCCGCCAGGUGCGCGAGUACCAGGAUCUGAUGAACGUCAAGUUGGCCUUGGACAUCGAAAUUGCAACCUACAGGAAACUGCUGGAAGGAGAAGAGAGCAGAAUGAACAGCGGAGGUUCAAACGCAACCAUCCACGUGCAGCAGUCCUCUGGAGGAUACUCCAGCUCCAGCUCCGGUGGUGGGUUCGGCUUCGGUAGCAGCAGUCAGUCUGGUGGAUACGGUGGUACUAUUACCAAGACCAGCACCUCAUCAACCAGUUCCAGGAGAGUCUAUUGAAAAGGAGAGCCAUCCCUCUUCCCCCUCAGAAACCCCUUCAGUUAUUUCUAAAUCUGUGCCCCUCAUGGUGCCAUGAAAUAUUGUUUAGCACGAUCAACAAUACAGCUGAAUAUGACAAAAUAUUUGAUUUGAUUCAGCCUUGUUACUAUUGUUCCGUCUAAUGGUUCAAUGUUGAGUUUUGCUUUUCCCGUCUUCAAGAUAAAACUGUUGAAACCAGUUUUUCUUUUGUAAAAGCCUUCAACACGACUAAUGAAUGUUUCAGUGAAUUACAUCAAACAAAUCAGAAAAAAAUAAACCUGAGAACUAACAUGAA